GCCGCCGCCUCCGGUCAGCCGGGCCGCGCUUCCGCCCGCGCCGCCGCCGCCAUGCGCAUCGAGAAGUGCUACUUCUGCUCGGGGCCCAUCUACCCGGGACACGGCGUCAUGUUCGUGCGCAACGACUGCAAGAUAUUUAGAUUCUGCAAAUCAAAAUGCCACAGAAACUUUAAAAAGAAGCGAAAUCCCAGAAAGAUGAGAUGGACUAAAGCAUUCCGUAAAGCAGCUGGCAAAGAACUGACAGUGGAUAAUUCAUUUGAAUUUGAAAAACGUAGGAACGAACCAGUGAAGUACCAGAGAGAGUUGUGGAACAAGACUGUGGAUGCAAUGAAGAGAGUGGAGGAAAUAAAGCAAAAACGCCAAGCCAGAUUUAUUAUGAACAGAUUAAAGAAAAGCAAAGAGUUGCAGAAGGCAGAAGACAUCAAAGAAGUCAAACAGAACAUCCACCUUCUUCGUGCUCCCCAUGCAGGUACACCAAAACAGCUGGAGGACAAAAUGGUGCAGAAGCUACAAGAAGAUGUGCCUAUGGAAGAAGACUCUUAAAGUGCUUUUAUUUACUAUUUAUAUCUCUUCAGCAGUUAACAGUUCUUUACUGCCUCACCUGAUGUCAUUCAGAAAUAUGCUUAGAAUUGAAGAAAAGUACAUUUUAAUGAUAAGUGGUCAUUUACAAUUUGAAUUAUUUUUUUAAUGAAAAAUAAUAGGAUGGAUACUAGUUUGGGCAGUACUUAAAAUUCUGCAAUUGGAGAAAACCUUGUCAGCAGGAUGGAGAAUGAGGCUUUAUUGUUUGAGAUACCAUGUGCUCCUUGGAAAGUUACAUUUUUUCUGGGUAACUUUUCCACAUUCAUGCAAAUAAUUAAAUAAUAAAUAAUAAAAUAUGCUGGCCCUGAGCUUUUCUUAUUAUGUCUGCUGUUCUUCCAUAGUGGUAAAAGUAGAUACAAAUCUGUUUUACUGAUUACAGUGUAGGGCAGGAUGUAUUAAUUUUUCUCAGUCCAGUGUGGUCCAGACUUAUUUUCAUUCUUGUCCUGGGGAAAAUAUUUCAAUUUGAAGAAUACAGUGUUUGUUUUAUUUCCUUUUUAUGUCAGCCACCCCAGGAUUCCAUUGCAGUUGACACCUGGCAAAGCUAACAUGGAUGCAGGACUUAGGUUUGGAAAAUAGUAAUGGUGAUACCACCUAGUCUGGAGUUGGCCCUGCUAUCAUCCUCACCCACCAAAAUUCAAAUCUAAUGUCUAAUCAGGCAGAUGGAAAUGCUCAAUAAAUCACAUUUGAGACUGUUUUUACCUGACUCCCAGGAUUAUUUUGAUGGAAAAGAUGCUGGUAAAUCACAAGUAUUUUGCAUAUUGUGGCGAUGCUUAUUCAGUGUCAGCACUGUUUUAAACUGCCAGCAGUUUAUCUGCAGCAGUGUGAUCAAAGAAAGCUUUCAAAGGCAUUUAUAGUAUUUGCUGUCAUGUUAUGCUAGUUAUCCUCAAAAUAAUAAUUUGUAGUUUUAUUCCAAACUUGGAUAUGUACUAUAGCAAUCACUGGAAAACCUCACACCUACCACCCACAUGUGUUUUGUGUAGUAAAUAAUCAUACUUAAACUUAUGUAAGGGUCUUGGGGAGUGUGUGACAUGGACUGGCAUUGUACUCAGUUUUUUAUCUCUUCAUUUAUGAGUUAUGUUCAGAUAUUUAGAAAAUGACAUAUUUUAGUGAGAAUUCUAGUAAUAAAAAUAUAAUUCCUUAUUUUAAUGAAAUUAAAUUUUUGCCAUAAUUUAAAAUUUGCUGUAUUGCUUGUGCAAACUGUAAUAUAAAUACCGUCUGAAAAGCAUAUGGUAAGUUGGCCAGAAAACUUAUAUAAUUGGGGUGAAAUCACUAAGAUGGUACGGUAUAAAUACAGUGUAUUAUGUGCUAUAUGUACACCAGGAUACUUGGGCUUGUGGAGGGAGAUACUCAGAGGAUGUUAAUUUAUAGUCUCACAUAAACAUAUUAAUUAACAGCUCAAGAAAUGUGAUGUUUUUUGAAUGGCCUUUUCUACUGUAGUAUUUCAUGUCCUUAAUCCUUGAGGUAGGAUACUUAAUCUAAAAAUAAUGUUAUAUAAAACCAUUUUUAUUUACUAAAUUUAAAGGAUAGGAUGUUCAGCAAGUGCCGAGUUUUAAUUUUCUCCAAAAAUAGGGAAGUAAAUCUGUACAAAACAGACAAAGGUGGUGAAUCUGAUUGGGUGUUAGUUAAUAGUCAUAUAAAAUAUUUUACUUCAUAGGAGUUUAACAUUAAAUAAUGUAUAUUACAUAAUAUCUGUACUUGUUCUGUUCACCUGUCUUUAAAUGAAUUGCAAUAAUUAACUGGUUUGUGUGCUCUA